AUUUGCAUAUCAAUGAGCUCCCACACAUACCUUUGCUUGCCAAUAUCGCUGACUGUCAGUGACAGGGAAGGAUGACAAAAUGGUUCUUUGAAGUCGAACAAUGGACGUUGUCAUCUACUUAAACCCCGCAUGAUAUAUGGCAACUGCAUCGUGAUAUUAUUUACGUUUUGAAAUGAAAUUGUGUUAUGGCAUAAUAUUUCCGAGGGAUAUUCUACAAAUGAGCUGAUAUAAAGAGAACCCCAUUUAUCCAAGCAUUACUUCCUACAAGCCAGGAUGUUGAAGCAGGGAUUCGUGCAGGAGAAGGUGAACGACCUUGCCAUGACCCACUACCCCCAUCUCAUGAACAAUUACCCCCAGUGGUCCAGGGUCAACACGCUGGAUAAAGCCAGAUACCCAAAACCGUUUGUCAAAGACAAAAUGCAACCGAACAUGGAGAUGAAGCGGGAUACAGAGGAGGAGGACGGGAGUCUGGAGAUGAAUGAACAGCUGAACCCGGCACAGCGGGCACAGUAUCUGGAGAGGAGCUUGGUUUUUCUUAGACGACAACAUCAAGAGGUGCUAAGGAGCUUACAUGAAGAAAUCGAUGCCUUAAAGAGGGAAAAUAAAGAUCUCCAGUUCCGUAUUAUAAUGAGCCAGAAGCAGAGCAGGCCCUCUAGAAGUGAAAAGAAGACAGAAGUAAAAGAAGGAAAUAAUCUGGAAAAAGAUUCUUCCUCCGAUUCUCUCCAGUCGAAGAUGGAAGAGGAAUCAGUCAGAUCGAGAGAGGAGAAGCUAGAUGAGAUCAAGGUUGUGUUCCUGGAGGAGGAAAUCAAGGAGCUGAAGCACGCGCUGCGGGAGACGAGGAACCGGAACACGUAUCUCACCCAGGUGCUGGAGCAGUCGGAGGAGCAGCGCAAGAGGCAGCAAGCAGCGGUGGAGAGCAUGAAGGCCCAACUGAGUCAGGGUGGGGAGGUUGGGUCCGGCACCCAGUUGGGGGAACCCGCUGUCCCCUCCAUCAACCUCUUACAGAAGGGGUCACGACCUCUGACCUUGGCUGAGAGUCAUGGUGUUAUUCGUCACCUACAGCAGCAGAAUGAACAACAAGCACAUGAGCUGGAGAGUUUGAAGUCUGACCUCCGUGAUGUUCUGUAUUCACACAAGUGGACACCAGAUGCCUACCUUCUCGCCAAAGCCUACAUCGCAGAAGAUGACAUGAAAGACGGGAGUGGCCCUGACUCACACAGCAAGUCAGCGUUACCCAGGAUACCUCUCAAACACCCAACCAGAAAACUGCCAGACAUAGCAUACAUUCAGCGAGACAAUGUCACCCUUCCUGCUCUCAAGCAGACGGUCAGCAACCGGGCAAUGGAGAGGAGGAAACGCACCCAGAUCCUGCAGAAAGCAAGAAUGAGGAAUGAAGUUUUACCAUAGACUGUGGCGCCAGUUCCAAGUUCAUAUAUAUACAGGGCACAUAGGUUGAAGUAUGUCAGUAACGAGUUAUUGUUUCCCGUUUCUGUUUUGUGACAAUAUGUACAUCAAAGGCUUGAAUUAUCAUGGACGUGAUACUUACUGGCAGGUUUAAUGGGUUGGGUGUCUCACAGAUGGCCAUCCUAAACUAGACAGGAGGUUUGUGAGGUCAUAUUUUUUUCUUUCUGUUCACAAGCUUCUUAUUCUACUCAAGUAACCUAAUCGGCAAUACUUCACAGGUUUGUAUACACAAUGUUCCUCAAUCACCCGUGAAUAUAUUAAAUGUUUUGCAGUGUUGUUGCUAUUUUAAACCAGCGAAUCAAGCGGCCUGGUUCCAGUGGGAUCGAAGCUCAGCUUUCGUCUCACAAACGACAAAGUUUCUCUCGUGACAAUAUGUACAACAUGGGCCAGACAAAGGUCAUGCAUUGGUCAAACACAGGUCAUGCACAGGUCAAACAAAGGUCAUGCACAGAGUGGGGUUCAUUUGACUUCCAUGAGUUUUAAACAGUCACAUUUCAUUUCCUGACUAAAACUAGUAAUAUUGAUACCAUCUUCCCUGUGCAAGGGCGUUAACUGACUGAAAAAGUCCAGUUUCCACCCUUGCCAAACUACGCUGGAAUUUCCAGGCGCAAUCAUAGCGCCACAAGUGGCAAUUUCGAGUUAUGUGUUUUCUAUGUACCUCCAAUUGACCAAUCAGAUUCCAUCUCUCAUAUCACUUGCAUUUGCUUCAAACAAAAUGGCGGCACCCCGUCAAGAUGAUCUGAUUGAUAAUCAAGAUCUAUUUUGUAAUAAAACGGGUCUUACCCCAUUAAGAACAUUUAAUCACUUGAGCACCUUGAUGAAAACAUGAAAAGACAUAUCUUUAGAUGAUACACAUGCUUUGCAAAUCCAGCUGUUUAUGAACGGAUGUCUAGUUCGAUACAUGAUUUUGAUUGGCCAAUGCAUACACUCAUUCAUCCAGCCAAAAUAUAACUCGGGAAUUCCAGCCUAGGUGGCAAGGUUGGAAACUGGACUUUUAUAGUCAGUUAACUCCCUUGCUUCAAGAAGAUGCACUGGCACAUGACUACUACACUGCACAGUGGCUAUAUGUAUUCAAGGGUUAUAUGGGUGUGCAGUGUAUAAUAUCCUGUGAGGUAUCUCCGAUUACAUCAACCAGUUGGACCAUUGUAACAAAUACCACUUCUACAUUAAGUCAAAGUCACAUCAAACAUGUUUAUAUACUUUAUUAUCCAUUACCAGUUUGUGAAUACACUGCCUUGGCUCUUGUUGACGGUAGAGGCUCACCGCAGUGAUAUUGGAUGUGUGUGGGAUUUAAAAACACAAACUGAAAAUGUAAUAACUCUUACUUUUGAACAAAGUAAUAAUUUGCUCAUGAGGACACAUGGAUUCUUAAUUAUGCUUAUGAAAUUAUGAUAUUUCAUCAUUCCGUAUCUCAUGUACUACUUGUGAUGUGAAAACUUGUUUGUCUGGGCAUCGAUUAUUGUCACAAUAGUUUAUGUACAUUUGAAGGGAGAUAACUUUGUACCUAUGAUUGUUAACCCUCUUUAGCCUGUUUGUCGCGACUAUUGUCAUGCAGGAAAAUUACAUCCCCUGCUUCGGCAGGGGCAUGUCAAGUACCAUUGAAUUUAGUCCGAACAAACAGCAUAUUCCUAUUGAGAGAAUCACUUAUUAUAUGAAAUUAUAUAAAUUUUAUGUCUUUUUACGAGAUAUCGUAGAAUGAAAAUUACCACUACUGACGGAUGUUUGACUUAUAGAAAAUGGCAGCCGUUUUGGCAACAUGCACAGGUUAUGCUUAAAUCCAUAAGACUGGCGAUGUUAGCAUGGAAGUGAGUGAGUGAGUUAAGAUUUAUUGUUAUACCUCUGUUAAGAAUCUUGCAAUUCCAUUGGUUAAUCCGUACCAUGUGACAAAACAAUACAUUUCAAUGUAGACCCUGAAAUCGUGUGACUGACACUGACCUCGAAUAUUGAUUCGUCACAUGAUCAGUAUUGACCUGUCAAGUGAUGAAUAAUGACCCAUCUGCUAGAAUCAAGAUGGCGUCUGGAUCAAACAUUUAACGGUUCGCAGCUACGAAACUAUAAUGAAACAGAGGACAGUUUAAAGACUGUUUAAACUUGAAAGUGAAUUUCGGUACAACAAAACGAAUGAUUACUCUUGACAAGGUCAAUAUGCGAAAACUAGGACCCUCGGACCCAACUACCUUCAGUGUUCUGACUGGACACUGCCUGCGGCCUCGGUCUGGUCAGACCACCUCAGGGGUCGGGUCCUCGGAUAUUUGUUUUUGCAUAUUAACCUAGUCAAGAGUUAUUAUUUGUGUUUUGGUACAUCUAGUAUUGAUUGUAUAGUAUUGAUGGUACUGUGUGCUUUGAAUGAAACUGGAUUAAUAAGGCAGACCAAUGUACAGUAAUAUUCCUUGCUAAGAUAUUAGUAGUCAGGGCAGCAUAUUGUCACACCUCAUGUCUCCUCGCGCUGAGGCGAUCACCCUGGACCCAGUAUACUACUGGUACUCAUAUUGGACGGGUCCUGAGAUGGAUCCAGGUACCCACAAUACUACCCGGACCCGUGGUUAGUCACAGCAUAAUUAUUUUGUUUAAGGACAAUACGAAUAAAGCUCCAUGGUCGCACAAGCUGCUAAUGUUCGCAUUACUUUUUGGGGGCGGUCGGGUAGCCUAGUGGUUAAAGCAUUCGCUUGUCACGCCGAAGACCCGGGUUCGAUUCCCGACAUGGGUACAAUGUGUGAAGCCCAUUUCUGGUGACCCCUGCCGUGAUAUUGCUGGAAUAAUGCUAAAAGCGGCGUAAAAUCAGACUCACUCACUUACUCAUCCCUUUCUGACUGAACACAUUCACUCUGACUUUUAGGUUUGAGUAAAGAUAAAGCUUCAGUAUUUAGGAUCAAAUCGUUUGAAAAGUUUAUCUGAAUGGUUUUUGCCAGGGCUGCGGUAAAACAAUUCCCAAUCAGACAUUUUGUACCUACUUCCGUACCCAGGUGGUAAAUUUGGACUUUUCUCAGCCCAAUAACAAAUCAUCAUACCUCACAUCAGGAUACACACAUCACGAUGCACUAGCUUUAAAGAUAAACAGUGAAUACCUGUCUGAUCUUAUUCUCUUAGUACUUUAUGAUAACAAUUACCGUAUUCGACAUAAUAAGCGCCCCGCUCUAAUAAGCGCCCACGGCGAUAUUUGCUAAUAUAUUGGCUAGUGAACAAUCCCAAUUAGCACCCCUUCCGAUU